GUGUAGUAGAGAAGUAGUGAAUAACUGACAAACUACCAGAGUACAUGGUGCAUACUGUCCUGUGCGUUGUAGUGGAGUCUCAUACUCCGUCGAUGGUGAACAAUCAUCCACCAAGCACUCACGUGAAAUUAGGACCUGUGGCUUGCGAUUGAUUGACUGUUUGUUGAACUCCACACAAAUAUACCAGCGUCUUCUUCUCUUCCUAUAACGUUGCCAUACUUGGUAUACGAUCGAACAGUUAACAUAUUCUGACAACCAAGAUGGCUGAGACUCACGUGGAUUCGAGCUGGUCUCGGAAGGCUAAAGACAUCACUGCUGGGUUUGCAGGUGGCGCGGUUCAAGUACUCAUUGGCCAACCUUUUGAUCUAGUGAAGGUGAGAUUGCAGACUGGUCAGUAUUCCUCACCAAUCGAGGCUGUGGUAUCUACAUUGAAGAAUGAAGGGUUCUCAGCGUUCUAUAAGGGGACCUUACCACCGCUGAUUGGCGUCGGAGCAUGCGUUUCAGUUCAAUUCUACGCAUUUCAUGAGGCCAGAAGACAACUGUUGCAGCGGUUCUCCACACCAGGCCAGAAAGAACUUACUUUGAAGCAGUUCUAUCUAGCUGGUGCAUUUGCAGGGAUUUUAAACACACCAAUCACUGCUCCUGUUGAACAACUAAGAAUCCUAAUGCAAACCCAGCCUUCUGGCGAGAGAAGGCUCUACAAUGGACCAAGAGAUGCUUUACAAAAGAUAUACUACAGAGAGGGAAUAAACGGUGUGUUUAGAGGCUUUAGCGUUACACUUUUGAGAGAAGCACAAGCUUAUGGAGUGUGGUUUCUAACCUAUGAGUUCCUCGUCCAACGAGCACUGCAUAGUUCAGGAAUUGAACGGAAGGACCUCUCAACGCCAGAGCUCUUACUCUAUGGUGCUCUUGCAGGCGAUGCCCUAUGGCUAGCAUCCUACCCACUGGAUGUGAUCAAGAGCAAAUUACAAAGCGAUGGAUUCGGUUCAAAAGCUCAAUUCAGGAAUGCACGAGAUGUGGCCCAGGUGGUUUGGAAGGACAGUGGAUUUAAAGGCUUCUGGAGAGGUAUAACACCAGCACUCAUCAGAGCAAUUCCAUGUAGUGCAGGCACGUUUGCCACAGUGGAACUGACGCUACGUCUCUUAGGUUAAGAGAGGGGCAAAACAAGCA